AUGGCAUGGAAUAACAAAGUUUUAUUUGUUUUACUAUUACUGUAUGUUUUCUGUUAUCAUGGUAAUUGUAAGGCCAUCAAGAGGUAAGGUAUUUUAAGUUUUUUUUAAUUUUUUGGUGUUUUUUUUAUUUUUUAACUGUUUAGAUUGUUUUUUCUUAAUAUUUUAAAUCAUAAUUUUUUUCAAAAAAUAUAAAUUUAAAAAUUUAAUUUUUGUAUACCGUAUUUUACAACAUUGUUUUAAAAAUUAUCUUAAAAACAUUUAAAAAGUUUUUUUUGUUAUUUAUUUUCUACUAUUUUUUGACCAAAAUUGCCAUUUUGGAACUAAUUUGUAUGCCAUUUUGCAACUAAAAGUAAAAACUUACUAAAAAAAUAAAAGAUAUAAUAUAAUACAUCUUUUUCCAAUAUGAAAACUAUCAUCAUUUCUUUAAAAAACCAAAAAUUCGAUCUGGAGGUAUGGGGAAUUGAACCCCAGCCCUCUCGCAUGCUAAGCGAGCGCUCUACCCCUGAGCUAUACCCCCACACAAGCGUAAUUGUUUCGGAAGUUGUUUUCAUUCAUUUCGAUGGGUUUUUUACGAAAUAAAAAGGCUUUUCAAUGAUAUACGACAUUCUUUUUUACUUCUAUUCUUAGAAAAAGGUCAAGUUGUGAGAGAUAAGAUUAUUUUUCUAUACUUUUUACUAAAAAGCCUAAUUCCAUUGAUAUUUUUGAUAAUUUUUGACUAUUCAGGUCCUCCAUAUCAGCAGAAAAUGAUGAAUUUACAAUUGAUCAUGAUUUUACAUUGCGAAAAGUAACACCAUCAAAACAACAGACUAUAACUACGUCUACUGCAACAGCUUUUUUAAAAACAUCUACUUUGGAAGUUGAAGCUACUGAUUCUUUAUUGAAUUGGGAAGAACUUUCAACCGAGGCUACAAAGUCAAGAACUGAAAAUUCUGAGGUAUCAGAGUUUGAAAUCAAAGAUUCAAACACAGCUUUGAAAAGUGAAGAUUCUCAAGGCAAAGAAUCAGAAGGCAAAAAUGAAAUCUCGGAUCUUGGGGAUGAGGAUUCAGAAGACAAAGCGUCAGAUUCAGAUUUUCAAGACAAAGAUUCUGAAGUAACUGAAUCUAUUUCUGAAGAAACUACAGAAUUUACUCCUGGAACUAAAUUUAUCAUUUCUAAGAAGCUAACUGUAGAUUCACCAAAGAAUGCUUUAGUUUCUUCUACAGAGGCCCAAAGCGUUCUACUGUCAUCUACAGAAGUACAGCCUGUUAUAAAGUCCUCUACUGAGGCACAGAGCACUACACAGUCAUUUACAGAAGAACAAAACGUUAUAUCGACAUCUACAGAAGCAUAUAAUGUUCAACAGUCAUCUACAGACGCUACUACAACUAGAACUACUUUUGAAACUUCGACACGUUUUCCCUACAAUUCCGAAGUUCAAGCUUCGACUGAUGAUUCAGUUAACUUAGAGACAACAGAAGUCGUUUCAAAAGCUUCUACAGUUUCUUUAAUGCCUGUUGUUAAACCAACAGUCUCUUCAGAAGCUGCCAAUACUUUAACAAUCAAUUCAAAAUCUUCUACUCCACUUUCUGGUCUACCAAAGCCAAAAAGCCCACUAACAAACGCUAAAAUAUCUUCUCAACAAUCUCAAAAUCAAUAUAUUGACAUAUCGCUAAUAACCAACAACAAGCCAACUUCUAUUGAUCAAUAUGAAAUACCAUCAACUUUGGAAUACAAUGAGUUAUUAGCUAAAACAUUAGCAUCAACAGAAGCCUACAGUAUACAAAAUGGUGAUAUUUUAGCAUUAGAGACCAAAAUUGAUGACAUUGAGCUGCUCGACUUUCCAGUAGCUGUAAAAGAAGUUUGGAAUAGUGAUUCUGAUGUGAAUGUGGAUGAUAUGCCAGCUGCGUUUCCUCCUAGCAAGUUCAUUUUGACUAGUGGUGGUUUUUGA